UGUGUGUGUGAGUGUUUAAAGGAGACACAAAGCGUGGAAGUAGGAGGUGGGACAGGAGUUUCCUGUUGUCGGUGGAGAUUUACUAAAGGACGGGGCGGCAGGAGGAGAGGGAGCGAGAAAGAGGAGAGAAAGAGAAAGAGAGGGUGAAGUCAGUUGAGAGGGGAGAAGGAAGGUGGCGGUAAGGAAAGAGAGAGAGAAAGUGAAAGAGAGACAAAAAUCAAAAGAGAGGAAACCGGCAGAGACGUGUCCAGCUAUAAUUACAGUGACCUGAGGGAAGAAGAUGGUGUUAGCUGUGCUCCUGGUGGUGUUGGUGGGUUUGACCUGUGUGUCCUGCACAGAUAAUGUAGGAAACAGUACAACACUGACCCAAGACCAGACUGUCUCUGACGUCCAGAACGAUGCCGGUCAUAGAGGGAGAGGGGACACACCAGACAUUGAGGAGGAGGAGGAGCCUGAACCCGAGCCUGAACCUGUGCCUGAACCCUUACCCGAACCUGAACCAACGGUUGCCAUGUCUGACUUGGAAAACACCUACAACUAUGUGUUGUCCAGGCUGGCCUCAAUGGACCAGGCGAUCCACAAACUGAACGUGGGUCACUACACACUGGACGUCAAGGUGAUCCAGCAGCUGGAAAGGCUGAUUCGGCUGGAGAACAAAGUGACCACUGUUGAGGAGUCUAUCGAGCAGGUCUCGACCUACUGCAAGGACAACCGCAAAGAGAUUGGCCGUCUGGAGGGCUGUGUAAAAGGCAAGAAGGUGGGAAACAAGUGCUUCUUGGUCUACCGGAUAUACGAGACAUAUGCAGGAGCAUCUCAGAAUUGUCAGGAGCGCGGGGGGCGCAUGGCCAUGCCCCGGGACCGCCGGGAACAGGAGGCCCUGGCAGAUUACGUGAAGUCUGAGUUCCACCCCGGAAACUGGCCUGUGUGGCUGGGCAUCAACGACCUGCGCUCGGAGGGUCUUUACCUGUUUGAGGACACCACCCGAGUCACAUACUUCCAGUGGAGGAAGCACUUCCUGUCCAGCCAGCCAGACGGCGGCAAGCGGGAGAACUGUGUGGCCAUGUCAUCAGACGAUGGCGACUGGUGGGACAAUUACUGCGACCGGCGUAUGUACUACCUGUGCGAGUUCGAUGCUUGACCUUUGACCACCCGGCCAAAGCAGGUUAGACGAGAGGAGUUGGGAAUUUUACAGCAUUUCUUGUUUUGUUUUAUUGUAUGUAAAGGUAUGGGGGGCAGCUAUCCAGUGUUGUUUACUUGCAGUUGUCGCACAUGUAGCUAAUGAGGGAAAAUAUCCUUUUAUUAAUGAGUAAGGGUUUAAAAUAAACAUUAUUAUUAUUAUUUAA